AUGUGUGGUGUUCACCUCGGUUUUCCAGCUCUUCUAGUCUGGGCCAAGGUUGGCACUCCCCUUUACGGCGACUCGAUUGCUGCGCCGAAGCUGGAGUACAUGCUCGGAGAUAGUUCACCUAUUGCGGAAGAGGAGGUUGCGCUGUGCAAGGCCUUCGCGUCCUUGGCGAGUCGUGUCGAGGCCGCAAAUCGGCUGCAAGAGGCUGCAGAUCAGUGGGAUCGAAUCGACGAGGUAUCGUCGCUGCCAAUCUACGCUCCACAUCUUGACCUCGACCCCACGAUCUACAUUCUGGAGGAGUCAAUCAAGCCCAUCAUCGGAUCGGGUAUCCAGUCCGUCGCUAAUCUCCACAAGAUUACACACGACGAGCUGCAAGUCCAUUCUGUCUACACGGAAUCCAGAGCGCCUAUAGAAGCGGAGCUUAGGGUAUGCUCCGAUCUGAGUACGAGGCUGGGCGAGGAGUAUAGCACACACGACAUUCCAAGCGGUUAA